AUGCAGGCUUUCCGCCGUAGCACCCUCUCUGCCCUUCAGAAUGCCGCUGCUGUGCAGCGACGAGCUUACAGCCAGGGCAGCUCGAUCUACUCUGAGACUGUGAACAACCUGCGCAUCAAUGGAGACACCAAGGUUCUCUUCCAAGGUUUCACUGGAAAGCAGGGAACCUUACAAUUCCCAGGAACCAAGGUUGUCGGUGGUACCAACCCCAAGAAGGCCGGUACUAUGCACCUUGAUAGACCUGUUUUCGCAAAUGUCAGCGAGGCUGUGAAGGAAACUGGUGCCACUGCCUCUGCCAUCUUCGUCCCUCCCCCUCUCGCCGCUGCGGGUAUCGAGGAGGCUAUCGCGGCUGAGGUUCCCUUGGUUGUUUGCAUUACCGAGGGUAUUCCCCAGCACGACAUGGUUCGCAUCACGGAUAUCUUGAAGACUCAGAACAAGACCCGUCUGGUUGGACCCAAUUGCCCUGGUAUCAUCGCUCCUGGCCAAUGUAAGAUUGGUAUCAUGCCUGGAUUCAUCCACAAGCGUGGUCGUGUCGGUAUUGUGUCUCGGUCCGGAACCCUGACCUACGAGGCUGUCAACCAGACCACCCAGGCCGGUCUCGGUCAGUCCCUCGUUGUUGGUAUCGGUGGUGACCCCUUCUCCGGUACCAACUUCAUUGACUGCCUGAAGAUCUUCCUCGAGGAUGAGGAGACAGACGGCAUCAUCAUGAUUGGUGAGAUCGGUGGUAGCGCCGAGGAGGAUGCUGCCGAGUUCUUCAAGGCCAACAACAAGCACAACAAGCCCGCUGUUGGUUUCAUCGCUGGUAUUAGCGCUCCCCCCGGUCGUCGUAUGGGCCACGCUGGUGCUAUCGUCAGCGGUGGUAAGGGUGGUGCUGACUCCAAGAUUGCGGCCCUUGAGAGCGCCGGUGUCACUGUGGAGAGAAGCCCUGCCCAUCUUGGUAAGACUCUGCUCGCUGAGUUCGUCAAGCGGGAUCUGGUUUAG